GAGGAAGGAAGGUUUAUUCACAAGACAACUGGGUAGAAGUGUAUAGCUGUGUUGAAAGGCACAACACUCAAAAUAACAUAAAGGCUUUUUAGAAUCUGCAACGACUGGCAACCAAUAUAAAACAGUGAAGAGGAUGGUGGCCGUGACAUUCUUGUUCCUCUGCUUCUGGGCUGGUGACCUCAGCCGUAUCCAGGUUACUCAGGAGCCAGACAGGCCCUCUCAGAAGGUGCAGCUCUCUCACACCGCCUCCCUGCGCUGCUGCUACUCAGUCACAGGGGGAACCGUGGACACCACCUGGGUCACCAGCCCCCACAUGGUCAACGGCAUCCUUCGGGGAGUGGACUGGAGAGACAACCGUGUGACGGUGGAUGGGGGGAACCUGACGGCAGCAGGGGUCAUGUGUCACACACUCAUCCUGAGGGAGGUCCGUCUGAACGACACAGGGUUGUACCAGUGUUUCCUCAACCACAGCACCCUGCGGCCCUCUGUAUACACCCACGGCACCUUCCUGCAUGUCUACACCUGCAUCUCUUACAUGAAAGAGCAGCAGGUGAGUUCUACUCUGAUGACCUUUAUACGACCCCUCUCUCCUUGCUCAGGGCCGAUAGUGAAGAUUCUGGACAUCAGUGAAAGCACCAAGAACAGCAUCCUGACUGCUGAGGGAAUGUUACUGAUGGUGGCAGUGCUUCUGCAUGGUACCAUGAUGCUCUGUAAGACAAAGAAACUCAAUCAACUGAAGAAGAAAAGGGUCAAAGAGGAAGAGGAGAAUAUCUAUGAGGGUCUAAAUCUGGAGGAAUGCUGCUCCACAUAUGAUCAGAUCCAGCGCUCUCUGGUGCAGGGCCCCUACCAAGACGUGGGAAACAUGAUUAUGGAGGAGGAGGAAAUCCAACUGGAGAAGCCUUGAAUGAGAGGGGGAAGGAAGGAGGGGGAUGAAGACAGAGGGUGGGAGAAGAGAAGAGUCAUUGUAUAGAACAGAAUUGUGGUGAGGGUUUUGAUAUGAAUUUUCUCAACUGCCCCCCUCCCCCUCCUUAUGUUUGAAGUUAUAGAGUUGACCUGCGUUUUCCUUGCAGCCGUUGCUUAUAUUUGAAUCUAAUUUCUUAGUGGAACAAAAAGACAGUAACCUACAAUGUCAAAGGGCAUUUUGCUUUCAAUUUUGCCUUUCAUUACCAAUGCCGAUACCUAACAACUUUAUAUUCAUAAGAAUUUUUUUUCUCUGCAUGUUUGCAUUUGCUAUGCUUUGUGUAUGCAUUGGCCAAAUGUUUUUUUUCUCUCUCCAAUCUCCAUAAUUCAAGGCCUGGAUUGUGCUUUGUAAAUAAAAUUAUAAAACUGA